GGAGGGGGUCUAUAGGCCAUCUUCUCUUUUCUUGCACUCACUUUCACAUGAAUAUGUGAUUAACUGUUGCUACUGGUUACUACUCACACCCCCACACACACACUCACACCCUGGCCAGCUGUUCUGUCUCUCUGAGUGUGUGUGUGUGUGUGUGUGUCCCUCUCUGUCUCUCUGUCUCAGAGCAUCAGUGCCGUCGUUCACCUGCUGCCUCGAACCCACCUGGUGUUUACUGCUAGGCAAUAAACGCUGUGUGUGUGUGUGUGUGUGUGUGAGAGAGAGAGAGAAAGAGAGUGGACUUACUCUACCAACGCGCACAUCCCUCCUGUUUCUCUCAAAUGUCUCCUGCUCUAAAUAACUGCUUUGCUUCGGAUAGAUCUUCUGCUCUUCAUUGUAACAUCUGGAUACAUGUGCACAUCUGGCUGUGAUAUCGGGUUUGAGAGGGAUUUCACAGGACCUUCAGUGACCACCAGGUCUGGCCUGUGAUUAGUCAAUCCCAUCCCCCCGUUGGACAAUGGAGGAACCCGUUAUUGUGACCUGAGCUGCGUAGAUCUGAGCUACAAAGAUGACAGCAUCGGGAUUCCCUCAGACCCCCAACCUCAACGAAACACAAGCCAACCACUCACUGGAACAUGGUGCCUCUGUGCACCCUACUCCCAGCAUGCAACUGGGCACCAUGUCCAACCCACAGUCCCGUCUCCGUGAUGCCAUGGGUCUGGCGGCCAUGGUGACGCUGAACGCCGUGGCUCUGCUGGCGAACCUGGCCGUGCUGAUCGUGGUGCUGAAGGCGGCACACCUGAGGAAGUACAGCUUCGUGUGGCACCUAUGCGGUGUGGAUGUGCUGUGUGCAGCCAUCCUCAUGCCCCUUACCAUUGUGUGUGGCUCACCAUUCUUCGCUGGGGUCAUCUUUACGCCGCUUGAGUGUCGCCUGUACAUCUUCCUUAAUGCUUUUCUGAUCUCUGCCUCCAUCUUCACAGUGACAGCGAUCAGCGUCGAGCGCUACUACUACAUAGUGCACCCGAUGCGCUACGAGGCCAAAAUGACGCCCCGCAUUGCUGCCGCAGUCAUGGCGCUGGUCUGGUUGGCGUCUGCUGUCCUUGGACUGGCCACUGUGUUUGGGUGGCCCAGUUAUCGCCACCACAGUGCCAUUGCUGCCGCCCACUGCUCACUUCACUGGAGCCACAGCGGGCACCGGCGUGUUUUCUCCAUUAUCUUCUGCGUGCUUUGCUUUUGCGUCCCCGCUGCCAUCAUCCUAGCCGUGUAUGCCAACGUUUACAAGGUGGCGCACAUGGCCGCCCGACACAGGGGUCCUCUGCCUAGCUGGGUGCCUGCAACACCUCGUCCAAAACACCGUUCUGACUCCGUCAACAGCCAAACCACCAUCAUCACCAGCAGCUCAAGUGCGAGGAGAGGGACAGGGACGCACGCACCUCGCAGGCCACGCCGGACACUGGUGGGCGGUAAAGCAGCACUCACACUCGCUGUCAUCGUGGGCCAGUUUGUCCUCUGUUGGCUGCCAUACUUUGCCUUCCAUCUGCACUUGUCCCUGGGCGUCACCCAUAGCUCGGCUGACGAGGCAGAAGGCCCCGUGACGUGGCUGGCGUACUCUUCAUUUGCUGCAAACCCAUUUUUCUACGGCCUGCUGAACCGCCAGAUCCGCGAGGAGGUGUGUAAGACGAUGUGCUGCUGCUGCCGCUCGCCCAGCAGACCUGCGAGACCCCCAGCAUCCGGGCACGAUGCCUCUGCACACGAAGACUUCCUGCACUUCCUGAAGCGCAGCAGCUCGGUGGAAGCCACACACAGCAGUUACAGCACUGCAACUCCCAGAAACACACUGGACCAAACCGCGUUCAGGAUACCAGGACAGAUCCCUGAGGAACUCACCUAGGCUGCUGUUAGAAGACAUCCAAAUCUGGAACUUUCAAUUUGGAUCCAAAUCUGGAACAUUCAUAUCAUAUCCAUAUUUGGAAUGUUCAAAUCGGAUUCAAAUCUGGUAUAUUCAAAUUGGAUCCAAAUCUGGAAUUUUUAAAAUCAGAUCCAAAUCUGGAAUGUUCAAAAUUGGAUUCAAAUCUGGAAAGGUCAUAUCAGCUCCCAAGCUGGAACAUUCAAAUCAUAUCCAAAUCUAGAAACUUCAAAUCCAGAUCCAAAUCUGGAAGACUGAAAUCGGAUCCAAAUCAAUGUUCAAAUCAGAUCCAAAUCUGGAAUGUUCAAAACAGAUAUAAAGGGAAAACUGGAGAAAAGGGGGGGAAGGUACAGAAAAAAAUACUGCUCCAGAAUUCCUGCUAUUUUAGCAAUUGCUCAGAUGCCAAAAGCUGGUCUAAUCAAACGAACCAAACUGAUCAAGUGAAGAGGAAAUUAAUAAAUGUACAGUUCAAGUCUCUUUUGGGUCUGCUUUGUCAUGCUAAUAGCACGUGAUAAUGAGUGAUGUAGUCAAGACCACACACACACACACACACACACACACACACACUACACUCACUUUUAUACUGGGUUGUUUACGUACACUGACUUUUAACAUGGACUACACCACUGGUGAUUAUUUUUAAAUAAUUGAGAGAUCAGUUUUGAACAUAUUAUUAGAAAUGACCAAAUUUCUGGUCCGUCCCUCAAGUAAAACGAUCCAGUGACUUGAAUUAGACUGAAUCAGAUAUGUGAAAAUAAAAUCUGAUACUGAGGUCAGGCUGUCUGAAGUCAACUUCAGAUACUCAGGGCUGUUAGGUUUACAGAGAAGUGAGAGGAUUUGCUUACACGUAUGCCACAGUAACGCCUUGGAUUAUCGUCUUCAGCCGUGUUUUAUUCAGAACGAGAAUUUUCACCGCGAUCCGUAACAACAUCGCGGUCUUUAUUUAUUUGCCUUAAAAUACUACACGACGCAACUAUAAUGCAGUUUUUAUAUCAGACAACUUUCACUCUCUCCUUGAAAUCCAUCUAUUUUGUUAUUGAUUUAACAAAUAUCCUGUAUUUUGGUACCAAUGUUUGUUGAGUUGUUCGCUGAGUUGCCUCAUUUUACGCAGCUGCACAAUACUAAAGACUCUGUAUUAGUAUAUAUAUAUUACAUGGUGUUGUUUAAUAUUGUUUAAGAAUAUAUUUUAACAUUCAUUUUCAGUCAUUUGUGAUGUGAGUAGUUUCAUGUUGAGUUAACGAUACUGUGCAAAAUGAUAUUUAUUUGGAACCAUAUUUAUUCAAGUUCAAAAGCUGUCUUUCUGUUUUAAUUUCUGUUCAUUUUUCUCCAUGUGGCUCUGAGAUGUUUCUAAGAUCUCCUGUUUCCCUGCUGAAUAAAACACCCUUCACUCUGUCACGUG